GUUUGAUAUUCGGAAUAUGCUCAACAUGGAAACCCGAAUCCGUUUCUCUGCCCCGCUGGCAAAGGGGGAGGAGGGCACGUUGGGUACACCCCUCAUUUCUCUUUAAAAACCCCAGGGGCAGCAAGGAAAUAUCGAAAAGUACAUAAUACCCCCCUUAUUGCGUUUUCGUGCAUCGAGAUUUAUCCUCCAUUGCUUGCUGCAACCAUGACAUCAGGCCCCCCCGCAAUUUACCCCAGCCUCCACGGCAAGACGGUGGUCGUCUCUGGCGGCGCAGAAGGAAUCGGUGCUGCAACCGUCGAGCUCUUUGCCUUACAGGGCUGCAAAGUGCUUUUCUUGGACAUCGCCAAAACCGCAGCGCAGCAGACCAUCGAUCAUGUUAUUUCACGAUCCAAAGAGGCCAGAGAGCGUCGGGGUCCCUCAAUAAAAGCACCGAUCUUCUAUUAUUGCAAUCUUAUCAAUCUCUCUGACCUCGAAGCCAUUGCAACAAAGAUCUUGGAAGAGCACGGGCCUGUCCACGUCUUGGUCAACAACGCUGCCGCGACGGGUAGUAGCGCGCGACUCGAUACGUCAAGCGUUACGCCUGGAGCCUGGGAUUUCAACGUUAAUGCGAAUCUGAGACAUGUGUUUUUCCUGUCUCAGUUCUUCAUCCCAGAAAUGAAAAGCGCUGGGGGUGGUAGCAUUGUCAAUGUGGGGUCCAUUACCUGGCGCAUCCCGGCCGCGGGUCAGCCGGUAUACGGUGCUUGCAAAGCGGCGAUCAUGGGACUUACCCGGGUGCAGAGCAAGGAAGUUGGAGGGGCGAACAUUCGAAUCAACAGCGUCAUGCCGGGGGCAAUUGCGACGCGAAAACAGAGGGAGGAGGUCCUUAUGCCUGAAUAUCGCACCGAAGUCAUGCAGGCGCAAAGCUUACAACGCGAUCUGCUUCCCGAGGAUGUUGCAAAGGUAAUUGUGUUUAUGGGGAGUGAUGAGGCAAGCGGGGUGACAGGGAGCACAUAUGUUGUUGAUGGUGGCUGGGUUAGCGAUCCUUGAGGCGACCAGAAGAAUAUUUUGACGGUCAUGUAGCGUUGACAUGGCAAACUCAUCUUGUGCUUAGGGUUAGGAACAAUCAUUCUUAAUUUAUAUUCAGUAUUAGAGAAUUCCGCAAGAUCUCUAAGGCUAACACUCUUUGGCAAAAUGUUCCAAAGCUAUUUAUUUCUCUUUUGGAUGCAAG